GUCCUGGGGCAAAAAUUGUGUCCCAAGGCGAUGGAAAACUAUGUGGCGUCGAUGGUGCUGAGCGCGGUUGGCGACGCUCUGGGCUAUUACAACGGGAAAUGGGAGUUCCAGCAGAGUGGCCCAGCCAUUCACAAGGAGCUGGCGGAGAUGGGGGGACUCGGCAACCUCAGCAUCCAAGGUUGGAAAGUCAGCGAUGAUACGGUGAUGCACUUGGCCACGGCCGAAGCCCUGGUAGCUGCCGGGAAGAACCCAAGUUUAGAGCAUCUCUAUUCCCUCAUUGCAAAGAACUACAAGGAGUGUAUGAAUGACAUGAAGGGCAGAGCUCCAGGUACCAUGUGUAAGGAAAACGCGCUGAAGCUGGAUCCGGGGCGGCCGGACGGCUGGAGGAUCCCGUUCAGCCCCCGCGCGGGAGGCUGUGGGGCCUGGGCGGGCGCCGGCGCGCCCCCGCCGGCCUGGGGGAAGGGGCUGCUGGAGGUGCUGCCGCGGGCCAAAGCCUACGUGCAGGACACCGGCUUCUUUGUGAAGGAGAACAUGGGCCAAUGGCACUACUUUGAAGAGCAAUGGGAAAAAUACCUGGCGGAGAGAGGCAUAUCAGACGGGGUCUCGCCGCCCACCUUCCCCCCCAAGUACGGCGUGGAAGAGAGAGACUUGUUCUACCCCUCCCUCAGCUACGACGGCUGGGGGGGCAGCAGCGGGCACGACGCCCCCAUGAUCGCAUACGAUGCGCUGCUGGGUGCGGGGGACUCCUGGGCAGAGCUGGCUCACCGGGCUUUCUUCCACGGGGGCGACAGCGAUUCCACCGCCGCCAUCGCAGCCGGCUGGGGGGGAGCCGUGCAUGGCUUCCGGGGGGGCAGCGCUUCCCUCUACACCCACCUGGAGUACAGGGACCGCCUGGAGCAGGUGGCCAAGGACUUGUAUCGCAUCACCUAG